AUGUUUUGUUAUCAAAGCAUCGUUGCAACACUAAAGCAGUUUGUUAUGCGGUCGGGUUUUACAGAACGGUGCGAAUUAUGGCGAAGCCGGGAAAUCCGGACAGGUCAUCAGAUUAUGUGUGACGUUUUUGAAGGUCGCAUUUGGAAGGAUUUCAUGACAUUCGAUGACUCUUCUUUUUUGGCAUCCCCAUGGAAUUAUGCAUUUAUGUUGAAUGUCGACUGGAUGCAACCAUUUGAUCACACGGAGUAUUCUAUUGGGGUGAUGUAUCUAGUGUUGAUGAAUCUCCCGAGAAAUGAACGCUUUAAGCGGGAAAACAUUUUUCUUGUUGGAAUUAUUCCUGGUCCAAACGAACCUUGUCAUGAUAUUAAUUCCUUUUUAAGGCCUCUCGUUGAUGAGUUGUGUUUACUGUGGAAAGAUGGCGUCCAGCUUAGACAUUCUGGUUCACCACUGUUUCCUGAACUGUUCAGAGCAGCCUUGUUGUGCGUAGGUUGCGAUAUGCCAGCCAGUAGAAAGGUUUGUGGUUUCACUGCUCAUAACUCGAAACAUGGAUGUAAUUGAUGUACGAAAGAAUUUGGAACUCGCGGUGUCGGUCAGCCAGUAAAUUACUCAGGAUUUGAAAUAUGUCGUUCCAGGAAUCCUUUGGAUCAUCGUAAGCAUAUCGAUGAUAUAUUAGCGCAACCCACACAAGAAUUACGCAAUGCAAAAGAAUCUGAAUACGGUGCAAGAUACAUGGAGCUGCUGAGAUUGCCAUACUUCGACUGUAUAAGAUUCACAAUUGUCGACCACAUGCAUAACCUUUUCUUGGGAACCGCUAAACGCAUGAUGGAGAUUUGGAUUGAUCUCUCCCUUUUGACUCGGGCAGAUUUAGAACGUAUCCAGUCUAAGGUUGACACAACAAAUGUCCCGUCAAAUUUUGGCCGUAUGCCUUACAAAAUUGCAACGUCGUUCUCUGGAUUUACGGCAGAACAGUGGAAGACCUGGGUAACGGUAUUUUCUCCUUUUGCUUUGUUUGGUCACCUCCCCAGUCGUCAUUACAAAUGUUGGUUAAACUUUGUUAAAGCAUGCAAACUGUUGUCCAAACCAAUGAUUCAAAUAUCAGAAGUAGGCACUGCGCACUCUCUUUUGAUUAAGUUUUUUUUGUCGUGA